UAAAAAUCAGUACUGACUGCUAUGUAUAAUAAUACUUGUAUUAGCAGAUGGUUUUUAUUUGUAUUGUUACUUGUAAUUUUUAGUGUACAAGUUGAAGGGCAAGAUUGCAGAUCAACAGGGCACUUUAGAGCUCAAAGUUCUCCACCAGGGCAAUGCACAUACAAGUGCUGUGUCGAAAACAAUGUUUACUUCACCUUUGAAUGCUCCCCUUUAGUAACCCCUCGAACAGAGGGAAUCCUCGCCUUGAAAAGCUUUCAGAAUAGCCAGUCCAAGUGCAACAACACUAGCAACCACUCGGACAGGUCACUGGUGGUUGCACUAUCAACUGGGUGGUACAAAGGUGGGGCUCGAUGUGGGAACCGGAUCGUGAUAAUGGGCAAUAGGCAGAUUUUGGUAGCUAAAGUAGUUGGUGAGUGUGAUUCUACAAAGGGAUGUAAUGCAGAAGACGGUUAUCAUCCUCCUUGUGGGCGUGACAUUGUUGCUGCAUCUGUGGCCGUUUGGCAGGCUCUGGGAAUCCCACAGAGACUAUGGGGCGCCCCGAUUAAUAUCAAAUGGGCUGAACUUGGGAUGAUAAAUUAGAUCUAUCAUGUUAUAUGAAAAUCAUAAUUGUAACAGAGCAUAUGAGCUAAAAUAAAGUAGUAAAUAUGGCUAGAAAGCUCAAUUUCAUCACAAAACAAAUUAUCAUGUAUUUCCACUACUCCAAUUCCAUCCAAACUGGCAAUAAACAAGAGCACUAGCAAGUUUAAGCAAUAAACUCUUCCUGAAGAUGCGAA